AACGUCGUCCCAGAAACACAGCCCUGUAUGGGAGCUAUUUAACUGAGUAAUUCAUCCUUCUCGUGCCCACAACGAAAAUGGCAAACCAAGCCAUCUUUCUCCUCAUCUUCUCUCUUUCCCUUGGCUUGAUGCUCAUCCAACCGUCGAUCGCGAAGCCGGCCACAUUCAUACAAGAUUUCCGCGUCACAUGGGCCGAAUCCCACAUCAAGCAAAUGGAAAAUGGGAUAGCCAUUCAGCUCCUGCUGGACCGGUCAUCAGGCUGCGGAUUCGCUUCGAAUAGAAAGUACGUCUUCGGCCGUGUUAGUAUGAAAAUCAAGCUCAUACCAGGAGACUCUGCAGGGACCGUCACUGCAUUUUAUCUGAAUUCAGACACAAAAGAGAUUCGCGACGAAUUGGAUUUUGAGUUUUUGGGUAAUCGAUCUGGCCAGCCAUAUACAGUCCAAACGAACGUGUUUGCACAUGGGAAGGGGGACCGAGAGCAGCGGGUGAACCUUUGGUUCGACCCGUCUGUCGAAUUCCACACCUAUUCCAUCUUGUGGAAUCGACGCCAAAUUGUGUUCUACGUCGACGAUGUCCCGAUAAGGGUCUUCAAGAACAACGAGGCAAGGGGCGUACCAUAUCCCAAAUCACAGCCAAUGGGAAUCUACUCGACCCUCUGGGACGCAGAUAACUGGGCCACACGUGGAGGGCUGGAAAAGAUUGACUGGAGCAAGGCCCCCUUCUACGCUUACUACAAGGAUUUCGACAUCGAAGGUUGCACCGUCCCCGGUCCAGCCGGCUGCACUACUAAUUUCAAUAAUUGGUGGGAAGGACCAUUGUAUCAGCAGCUCAAUCCAAUCCAAGCCCGAAAGUACAGGUGGGUCCGAGUAAAUCACAUGGUCUACGACUAUUGCACUGAUAAGGCCAGAAACCGGGUCCCACCUCCAGAAUGCUUGGCUGGGAUUUGAUCGAGGAAAUCGAUCCUACGGUUAAGAUUAUGUAAAUAAUGGAGAGUGUAGGUGGGCCACUGUAUGUAAUAAUUAAGGUUGUAGGGGAGAUGGGGAAUCGUUUAUAGCCUGUCUUGUCUUUUAGGAGGGAAGUUGACGGAAUCUUUCUAAUAUUUUGGGAAAAGAAGGUGACCCAAAUGACUAAAAUGCUUAUGGCAGUGUGAAUGAUGAGUAUCUGGUGCAUGGUUGUUUUGGUCAUUUGGGUGGUGCGGCCACCAUGCUGUAUAUUCGUAAUAUACGCUUUGUCC